AGUGGACAGCUAGCCCCCUGGCUGGUAGCUUCGGCAAUGUUGUCACUAUCAGAAUGAUAUCACAGCGGGACAGAGGAGAAUUUGCUCGGUUUUAUACUGUCACGAACCCUACAAGGCAUAAAGAAGGCCAUACGGUGUACAAAGUCACCGCAACCAUAAUCUCCAGGAAGAAUCCAGAAGAUGUCCAGGAGAUAACAGUAUGGAAGAGAUACAGUGAUUUCCGGAAGCUUCAUCAACAUCUCUGGCAGCUUCACAAGAAUGUAAGCAGCCAGUCUGAGCUGUUUCCUCCCUUUCCGAAGGGCAUCGUUUUUGGCCGGUUUGAUAAGUCAGUGAUUGAAGAAAGGAGACAGUGCUCUGAGGAUCUCCUUCAGUUCUCUGCAAAUAUUCCUGCUCUGUAUAAUAGUCAACACAUUCAAGAUUUCUUCAAGGGAGGUGAGAUACACGACGGCUCGGAGCUCAUUGGACCAGCUGAGCCCUUUUCUGACUUCCUGGCUGACAGUUUGUCCGAUUGUAGCUCUGAUGUUCAAAGAGACCUCAGUGGUGCAGAGGAUUUGACUGUAACAUCUGAGUAUGGAGGCCCGUCUAGUGACAGCGACCUGACCUCCCUGGCAGUGGAUACAGACUCUCUGGCUGAGUUGGAUGAUGGCAUGGCCUCAGGUCGCACCUCCCCAAACCAGCCACAAGGGGGAGCCACCAACAUUAGCAGCAGCUGCAGCCCUCGCUUGUCGUCCCUGCGUGAAUACCGCACCUCGUCUGGUUCCUCAGCCCCCAACCCGGAGGUCAGCCGGUCGGGUCGAACGUCGCUGCUCUCCAGCAGUCUGAGGAGAGCCAGCGGUGGCGGCUCAAAGGACGUAAAGUCGGACUACUUAGACGAAGCCAGCGAGCUCAUCGGGUUUGCAGUGCAAAAAGAGAGCGAGCAGGACUUCCAGGCAGCUUUUUCAUACUAUCGCAGCGGGGUUGACUUGCUGCUGCAAGGAGUACAAGGUGAACCAAGCGCAGCUCGGCGAGAAGCAGUGAAGAGGAAGACAGCCGAGUAUCUGAUGCGAGCUGAACAAAUCUCCAGUCAGCAUCUGAGAAGCAUCAUGGGUCAAGGAUCGACUCAAACUGUGGCCUUGGGGGCUCAGUGCUGCUCGUCUAUGAGCAGAGGAGGACAGCAGAGCUCAUUUGAUGAGCUGAUGGCUUACAGAGUGAUAGGGGUCAUAGAUAAGGUUCUUCUGGUCAUGGACAAGAGAACACAGGAGACGUUCAUUCUCAAAGGUCUAAGGAAAACCAGUGACUGUGGGCAGGUUAAGAAGAACAUCAUGCCUCAUUCUGUGCCCCACAUGGUGCAGCUGAGAAAGUUCAUCAUCUCUGAAGACACUGUUUUUCUUCUGCUACAGUAUGCUGAAGGUGGGAAGCUGUGGUCUCACAUCGGAAAGUACCUCCAUAAUUCCAGCCCGGAGGAGAGCUUUGACAUUCCUUUCAUCCAGAAGAGUCACACUGCAGCUGUACAUUCUCCACAGCAUACAAUACCACAUUUAGAUGUAGGUUCUACCAGUUGUGAUUCAGAUCCUAAUCCUGGUUCAGAGUCUGUAUUAGACCUACAGAAAGACGACGAAGAAAACCCCUUUGUGUCGUCUUUUAAAAGUGCCCUCCCUCCAGGKUUCAUUGAACAAAUUGAGGCUCAAUCAGACUCUGGAGCUACCUCUGAAGAGGAGUGCACCAACAGUUAUUUGACUCUUUGCAACGAGUAUGAGCAAGAAAAAGUAGAACCAGAUGCACUAGAAGAGGAAGAGGAGAGGAGCGAACAGGAAAUGUCCUCUUUGGAGGUGCCUAACACAACAGCGACCAUGUCUUCACGGAGCCGCUCACUCAUUAGCAAUGACAGCCUUUCUUCACCAAUAAGCUCUCAGGAACUUGGAUUCUUCCCAGAAUUGCCUGACAAAAGUGGGCACACUCAUGACAUGGACCAUUGUAGUGAUAAAGAAGACCACAGUGAAGUCUUUAGUCCUGCACGUUCCCCUGUCGGCCUUCUCUCAUUAGAUGAGUCCAAACACACACCGAUGGAGUUUUUCCGUAUUGACAGUAAAGACAGUGCGAGCGAGGUGGCCUGCUCUGACACAGGGGAGCACCGACCUUCUCAUAAGCAAGUGCUCACGUUUUCUGCAUUCAAUUUGAACUCUGAUGUCAUGGAGGAUCUUCCUGAGCUGGCUCAGGAGGUAAAGGGCCCAAGCUUGGGGUUUUGGGGAUUGGACUGUAGCGAUAAAGGCUCCAAUGAGUCAGUGCCGGUGAUCUCAUUUGAAGAGGCAGCGGCUGAGGAUGAGGGUCAUCCACCAGACUUGUUGGUCAAUCUCCCCGUAGUAAGCGGGACUGUAGAUCCUUCUUCACAGGAGGAAAUGAAACCUUCUGGAGUGUGCCUGGGCCUUGAAGUUGCAGACUCUUCUCAGAAGUGUAUCCAGCCAGAUGUUUUACAGCUUCAUAACCAACCUGAGGAACUGGAGGCGCAGCCAUCGGAGCAAGAGCUUUUUUCUUUCUGUACAGCCUCUGAAACGUGUGACACUAGUGCUGCAACCUCUUCUCCUUUCAAUUCGCUCUGGGAAGACAGCUUGGCAAGUGGACAGGAGGCGUCUUCCAAAGUUUUUGAGCACCCACAAAACCAAAACGGUGAUCUUCCCCAUGACACGGAUAUUUUGAAUCCUGAUUCCGACCGUGAGAAACCCAAGCCUUGCGCAGGGAUGAACACAGACUUGGUUCCAGACCUCAGUGACAACAACUCUGUGAAUGGGGCUCAGACGAGUGCUGUUGAGAAUUUAUUAGGUCUCAGUGGUGAAUCAGCAGGAGAUGAUGGUAAUACAGGUGGCAGCGACUUUGAUAAAAAGGUGUCGCGGCUGUUUGCAGAGCUGGACGAGCUGACGCUGGCUGCCUCCCAGGCUCGUAUCCCAGAGGAAUUUGUGCAAUGCUGGGCGGUAGAGAUGGUGACAGCUUUGGAUUGUCUCCACCAAGAGGGCAUCAUCUGCCGCGACCUGAAUCCUAACAACAUCCUGCUUGACCACCAAGGUCAUGUUCAGCUGACGUACUUCUGCAGCUGGUACGAUGUGGAGGAGUCCUGCAACAAAGAUGCUAUUGCCAAUAUGUACUGUGCACCAGAGGUGGGAGGGAUCAGCGAGGAGACGACGUCAUGCGAUUGGUGGAGUUUGGGCGCCAUCCUGUUUGAGCUCCUGACCGGCACGUCUCUAGCCCGCUGCCAUCCAGCUGGGAUCGGCCGACACACGGCCCUCAACAUCCCAGAGUCGGUUUCAGAGGAGGCCCGGUCUCUGCUGGAGCAGCUCCUCCAGUACAACCCAACGGAGCGUCUGGGGGCGGGCGCAGGUGGGGUCGAUGAUAUUAAAUCCCACCCCUUCUUUACAAAAGUGGAAUGACCCAAAUAGAUGCCACGCACAUCGUGAAACUGUGAAAACCAGAGUUGCACACUAGGAAACUGGAUGAGCAUCCCCUCCAGCUGGACAUUCAAAUGCAUGUACAGUAAAAGUAAAAUAUGCAUUUUCACUGUUUUUUCCCUCCAUUCGGUUCAUGUUUUAGAUUUUAUACCAUGUUUAACACUUGACACGUGUGGCGCAGUGUGUGAGCAAUGACCUACUACAGCAUUGUUGCGUUUGCACUCAUUUAUUAACUGUGAGCUAAAAGGAGAUGAGGGAUAGCCAGGCGACCCCCUCUGCAUCCUCAUGYCUUCACUUCAUUAAUCAGGUACUGUAAAGUAUCCACUGACAGGCCUAAAUCAUCCUUCGUUAAGAUCCCGCUGCAAUACUCCUAGCUUGUUUUCCUCUGAGACUCACGUCAGUAAUACUGAUAACUAACAUAAAACUUGCUUUGAUGAGCUUAGAUUUAAUUUCUCACAUUCUUUUUGUUCCAAACCAGCCUACGAACUGCAACAUAACCAGACACUAUGCAAUGAAACUGAACAAAAUAUAUAAAAAUAAGAGGUGGUUGUUGAACUGAGUCGUUGUGAGAUUAUUUAUUAUGUUAAAGCAGGGAAAGGCUCAGGUGAAAAGACAGUUUAAGCACUUUGUAUAAACUGUGGUUGUAUUUUAUUUAUUAAAAAAAAGAGAGGAAUAAAGCAGGAGGCUAUGAUUACAUGUUUGUAAACGGCCCUUUCACAGUUUGAUAUUUUUAUGAAUGAUUUGAGAAAAUUCCCUGCCCUGUACAACCCUGCUUUUUGUGCGCGUAGGAUAGUGAUUUAUGUUGUUGAACAAUAAAUUACACCUUGUAAAUAUAUCUUUAAGGAUGUGGUGUUGAGUAAAAAUGUACAACCAGGUGUUUUUUGACUUGUCAAUCACUACGGCCCAAUCAGUCUUUUUCUUUUUUUUUUAUUGUAGUUGCCACGCAGACAUUUGUGUUGAUUUUAUAUCUACUGUGACUGGUUUACAGUUKUAUGGUUGCAGUCAUCGCCAUGUAUCAUUUCUUGCAUCAUUAUGGAAGGAUUCUGAGAAAUGCAGGCGCAUAAACAGACAGGAUGUAGUUAUUUUUAUCAAAUGUGAUAACUAAAACAAUGUAAACAACUAGCUUUGUUUCACCUUUUUAUUUUAUUAGACAAACAUUACUGUUGAACAMUUUUCAUGUGUGUAAUACCUUCUCCUGUCUGGCCUUUGUGUUGUUGUUUCAGUGCACUUUGGGAAACAAUAAAACAUACCUGGAUGAGAA